CUGAAGCGCCAGCUCUUUUAUUUGGUUGCAACCAUCGACACGGAGGGUAGAGGAGCGAGCAAAAUACCAGUGACGGCUGCGCGAUUGAUUCUGGGCGGUCGACUGGCGCCGCUCGCAUCACUACGCAUCUCUAGCCUGCAGCACUCUGGUGCAAGCAGCCUUGCACGCGGCGCGCGGCAGAUAGCGGUGCAAAAAACCGUGCGCAACACCGUGCACUCGUAGCUCCCCAAUCGUAGCUUCGCAAUAGUGGUGCAAAGGAGGUCACGAAAUAUGCUCGUACGAGCCGCGCGCCGCGCCGCGGUCGCCAGCGCUGCGGCUCCUCGACGCUGCACCGCCCGCCGGACGUCGACGGUCGGCGACAACCGCGUCGUGCGGCUGCAGACCGAGGACCCGAGAAUGUCCAAAAUCGUCAUCCACAACGGCGUCGUUUAUACCUCCGGUCAGACCGCGGGAGACGCCGGCGACGACAUUAAGUCGCAGACCCAGGCCACGCUCGCAAAAGUCGACGCGCUUCUGAAGGAGGCGGGCACCAGCAAAUCCCACGCGCUCUCGGCGACGAUCUGGCUCAAGGACAUCAACCGCGACUUCGCAGCGAUGAACGAGGUCUGGAACGCCUGGGUCGACCCCGAGAACAAGCCCGUGCGCGCGACCGUGGAGGCGGCGAUGGCGCGGGAUGUGCUGCUCGUCGAGAUCCAGGUGACGGCGGCGCUCGACAAGAACCCAUUUGAAGAUCUAAACUACUAACACAUUACAUCGUAGAGAGCCAUCCCGAGACCCGUCCCGC